CUUCCUUCCCUCCUCCUUCUCCUCGCAGGCCAGCGAAGCAGCCGAUCAAGGGGGAGCUGGCGGGUUAGGUGCCCCCCUCUUCUCCCUGCCCUCCCCCCCCCUCCCGGCUCGCUUCUCGCGUCUCCCCCCAGAGAUGAUGCAGCAGGACGAGUCAAACUCGCCAGUCUCCCCCGCCGACGACAGCUUGAGCAACAGCGAAGAGGAGCCGGACCGGCAGCAGCUGCCCAACAACAAGAGAGGGGGGCGCAAGCGCCGCUCCAGCCGCCGCAGCGCCGGCGGCGCCGUCGGGGCCGCGGACGAGCCCUGCAGCCCGGCCCAAGGCAAGCGGGGCAAGAAGUGCGGGGCGGGCGGGGGCGGCGGGGGCGGCGGCAGCAGCAGCGGCGGCGGCAGCCCGCAGUCCUACGAGGAGCUGCAGACCCAGCGGGUCAUGGCCAACGUGCGGGAGCGGCAGCGCACGCAGUCGCUGAACGAAGCCUUCGCCGCCCUGCGGAAGAUCAUCCCCACGCUGCCCUCGGACAAGCUGAGCAAGAUCCAGACCCUCAAGCUGGCGGCCAGGUACAUCGACUUCCUCUACCAGGUCUUACAGAGCGACGAGCUGGACUCCAAGAUGGCAAGCUGCAGCUAUGUGGCCCACGAGCGGCUCAGCUACGCCUUCUCGGUGUGGAGAAUGGAGGGCGCCUGGUCCAUGUCCGCAUCCCACUAGCAGGCGGCGUCCCCCACCCGCAUCCCCCCGGCAGGAGCCCUAGAUGACAUUGUUCCCACAGAAGGAGAGAAUGGACAAUCUAGAGACUCUGAAGUUGGAUACGAUUUUUUUUGAUCUUGUCUAACAAAAAAUGUACCAAGGAUUUCUUGGAAAUUAGAAGAGUAAUGUCCAAAUUCAAAGCAGGGCGUGGGGAGCACUUAAGGAAAGAGAAAGAGAGAAGGGCUUUGGACAGUGACUACCCUCUGGGCGUCGGUACAAUCCACACAUCUCUGCAUUCUGAUAGAAGUCUGAAUCGUUCGAUAUUUUUUAUUUUUUAAUUUUGACGAAGAAUGUUGGAAUUGAACUUUUUUUUAUUUGCCCGUUUUUUUUUUGCAUGCAUGCAUUCCCAAGAGGUCGUGCCUAUGAGCCACUGAUGAAAGGAAAUACAUUAUUGUGGACUUUCUUCAUUCUUGAAUGAAACCAAGCAGCCAACCAAAAAUACCCCUGUAGAGAUGAAAACUUUUUUUUUUUUUUUUUUUUAGGGGGGAAUAAGCUGGGCUCAAGCUGAUAUAUACCCGGUUCCUAACUUUUUUUUAUUAUUAUUAUUUUUCCUCUGAGAAAAAAAUAAACAUUUUAUUUAUUUAUUGAUGACCCAUGUUAAAAUGCAAAUAGAUCCGGUGUCUAAAUGCAUUCCUAUUUUUAUGAUUGUUUUGUAAAUAUCAUUGUAUAUUAUUUUUCUGCAAUAAAUAAAUAUGAUUGAAAUUUUAAUAACCUUAAAGUUUGGUUUCUCUGAGAACUCAGGGUUAGAACUGUAGAUAAAUACCUGCCUGUUGAGCUGUAAAGACACCCAAGAGAGGAGGCACUAGUAUAAACAAACCAGGCGAAAAAUGCAAAUAAACUAGCUACUGACAGACACAGGCACGUUAUUUAUUGAGACAGCUUUAUUAUUCUGUGCUGAAGCUCGCUGCAUCUGCAGAGGAAGGUUUUGUCUCUUCUCUCUUUCUCUCCCUCUCCCCCUUUAAUCUUCACGCCAGGCUCGGCGGAGUUGCGCGGGGAGCGGAGGUUUCUCAGCAAAGCCCUACCCCUGCCUUCGUGUUUUGCCCCCAGAGGUGAGGCAGGAGCGGGGCCGGUUCCCCAGCCCCCGGAGCAGGUUACUUUUGCUGAUAUCCCCGAGGAAGUGGCAUCGGUUUUAAAUAGGGAUUCGUCCAUCCAAAGGCAAAGCAAAAGAAAGUGAGACUGAAAUAGGGAAGUGUCUAGCGAGUGGGCUUUUCCGGUGGAAGUGAUGUUUGCUCUGCUCUCUAGGGUUUUCUAUAAUAUAUAUACUAGCGAUCACAUUUUCGUUGAGCAAAGCACGGAGGGAUACUCUAACCCGCCCUCUUCUCCUUUUCUACGUGUAGGGCGCAUAUUGCCCCUCUUUCUUUUCACCAUAUUUUCCUCGGGGUCCCAGUAUGCGGCAAGAACCCGAGCUGCAAAAGAGAGGAACGUACUGAUCUGAGGGCUCGGAAGGAAGGUGAAAGGGAAGUUGUAAAAAAAAAAAAAAAAACCCUGAAAACAAAACAACCCAAACCAAACCUAAUAACCGGGCAGCUGAUUGAGUCCCUGUUGUCACUUGCUGAUCUCCCAGCGCUUGGCAGCCGGGCAGGGAGAGGGCAGCGGCGCCUCCUGGCCCUCCGCGGCCGCGGAAGGUGCGCGGGAGCGCUGCCGCCCUGGGAGCUGAGCAGUGCCCUCCGAGGAGACAGGGACUCUGCCGCCGGGGUUCGGCCGGGGUCCAGGGUAAAUAGGAUGGGGGACUUCUUCAUGACAGAACCUGUUUGUAUAGCUCACGAGUUGACUUUAUUGCCUGUAUUUGUUUCCACAUCCGCAUAUUGCCGUCUCUUACCCACAUAACAGUUUUACGAAUAUAAUAUCGGGCAUAUUCUGAGCCAGCGCUCAAUGUUUACAGUAGAGAGCCGUCAGCGCUUGUUUGCACUGACGGAUUAGCGAGGACUUGAAAAUUAGAUGACGGCCCUGGUGGUCGCAGCUCCAAAUGAUGGAGAGGAGGGGAAGCCGCUGCGAGCUCCCGAAGGGUCGCUGCCUUUCCCCGGCAUCCUGGCACCCGCAGCUUCCCCCUCAGCGACUCCGAACCCCCGGCUCCGAUGGGACAGGCUGCCGAGGAGCAGGUAAUGUUUGCCCGCGUUACCUCGGCUGCAGAGGAGGCGAGAGGCACGGGGAGCCGGCGCAGCUUUGGCAGAGGGGCUGAGGGGAUUGGGGAGUUUAUAGAAGGUUUCGGCUGAUCCUUUUAGGGGAGAAAUCACGCUGGGGAAAGGUGGGGAGAACUCCUUACAUUUCGGAAGAAAACAGGUUCCUGGAAUGAAAAAAACAACCAACCAGACGAGCUGCUCGGUGCUGAAGAGAAGGCGUGUUUCGUGGAAGGGAUUCCUGCGAAAUAUGAACGAGUAAUCAAGAGCGCUUUAAAAGCCACGAAUCAAACUGUACUCGGCCUUAGAAACCGGGAGAGGCCCUUUGAUGGACUUAAACCUGACCAGCUCUGUUGCAACCAGCAAGAGGCCUCUGGGCCAGCCGGUGCAACACCUUUCCAGCCAGCUGAACACCCGAGUGAGAAAAAUCUCCAAUUCCUGUCCAUGGGGCUCAUGCUGCAGGUCUUCCUUUCUAACUUCUGUGUCCCUCCGAGCGAAUCCCUGCGGUGCCGCAGCAUUCCUGGGCAGCAGGCACUCAGUCGGUGCUCUUUCCCGGCUGACAACCGCUACCUCUGCAUCACUAAAAUAAUAAUUAAAAAAAAAAAAAACAUAAAAAAAGAGAUAAAGCUGUUUUAAAACUACCAGCAUACCCUUUCCUGGGUUGAAAUUGGGACUGCAGAUGCCUGAUGCUCCUCGAGCUAGAGCCAAAAAACGAUUAAGUCAGCGUCAGGUUUACUGAAGGAAAAAAAGAAAUAAUAUGUAUGUUAAUUUGCCUUCUGGGAAUUUUAAACACUCUUGCAAUCGGAAAAUUAACUCUGCCUUUGGAAAUCCCGAUUGAUUUCGCUUUUUUCUCCGCGGCAUCGAUGUGUCUCGUUUACCGGCAGGCUGAGAGGGCCGCCCGGCCGCAGCGGCGGGGCCGGCGCUGCGCUCCUGCGGGGAGGCGGGCGGGGGGCGCCGGCCGCGGGCCCUGGCGCAUUCCUGGGUUUGGCAGGGGCCGCCCCGCUGCUUUCUCCAAGCCGGUAUCGGAUUCCUCCCCGGCGUAUGAUUUCACUUGAAGUCCUGCCCGGGAGCCCUUCAAAGUGCGCUCUUGUCCCGCUCCCAUGAUGUCAGGCGGUUUUCCCUGCAUCUGUAAUUUUAAGAAAAACAAACAAACGCGCCGUGGGGAUGUGGGGGGAAACGGAGGGAGAGGGCGGGGGCACAAAAGUCACGGAAAAGCGCGGGGGGGAGAGGGACUCACCUGCGGCGCCGGCAGCUCGGGCACCUGCCUCCCGGGGAGAGCCACGGCGGGCUCGGCGGCUGCCGGAGCGGGCUCGGCUGCCGGCCCCGGUGCUCCCCAGCCGCUGUCGGCGGCUGCUCCCGCCCGGUUCACACGGCUCUCCCUUCACCUGCCCGCCCCGGCAGGCAGCAGAGCCGCCGGGCGAGCGGGAGCGCUCCCGCCAUAAAUUAGCAUCCUUGGGAAGCGGGCGGUGGCGGUGGUGACGGCAAAUCCAGUCCACCCCGUAAAGGGAUCCGGGAGGCUAAAGCAAAAGAACAAAAAGAGAGGCGCACACAUCCACAUCCCAUCAGGACAUAUUUUAUUUGCUGCACACAUAACCCGCCCGCAGUAAACAUGGCACAGGAUGUAUUUUACAUUAACUUCUGCACCAGCUUCUUUCGACUUCAGUCCACUUAAUGUUCUUGGCAAAUCAAAUCACAUGUCCUUUGAAGAAGGUGUGUAAUUGGAGUUUAAGGCGUGUAUGGAAUUCCCAGAUGUCUAUAAAGUAAGAAGGAGCAUUUGGCAGGUCACUUGAAGGUGGAGCAGGUUAAAAUCACUUGUAGAAAAGUCCCGCUUUUCUUUUUUAAAAGCAAACAAGCCGGCCAUUUAUAAGGACCAAGUGAUCGACAAUGCGGGGGGCUUAGAACUAUUUUACAGAGCAAGAACAAUAAAGCUACGGAAACUUAAUUAUGAUGGUAACAUCCGUUUAAAAAUCCGAAAUAAAACGCAAAACAAAACUAAAUAUUCAGAUCGGCGAAAAAGCUGCCCUUUCUCUU